AUGCCCAGAAGAGCGUACAACCUUCUCUCGGCAACGAGGGGCCGAGUGCGUGCUUCUAUGAAUAAGGCCAACUUAUUCAAUCUUUUUAAAAAGACAAUACCUCGCUACAACUCGAAAACAUUGUAUCAGCAAAAAUGGCUGGCCAAGCAGGACUCUAGAGCGUAUCACGGAGAGCACUUGGGGGAGAAAAGAUGGAAGGCCAUUUUCAAGCCUAAUCUCAACUCGGUGGCCCAGUUGGAUGCGUCGUUGCAAGGUAAAGAGGUGAGUCCAACGCCUAUGGCUAUUCAGACAUACGCUACGUUGGAAAAGAGACUUGAAGUAGCUCUUUUCCGGGCCAUGUUUGCAUCAUCCGUGAGACAGGCCCGUGAGUUCAUCAAGAAUGGGCACGUGAAAGUCAAUGGUGUGGUAGUCAAGCAUUCGUCGUUCCCCUUGAAAAGUGGGGAUGUUUUCUGUGUCAACCCUGAAAAGGCUCUUUUAGCUAUGGGCAGAGUCAAGCCUAGUGUUGAGCAGGCCAUCAAAGUCGAUAAGAGGCAGAUAGGCGCAUGGAACAACUAUGUCAAGACCGCCAAGCAGCAUCCCAGAGAAGUGUGGGAGAUGAAGCAGAACAAGCCUGCUUCGUUGAACACCUUGAACGAAGAAGCAACCCUGAAGAAAGUGACUGCCGAGCAGUAUAACGAAAAUUUGGAAAAGCAGAUGCUUCAGGAGCAAAGAAACACCUCAAGAGAAUCCAUCUUGGCUAAAAUCUUGGCGGCUGCUGCCAACAAGCCCGUGAAGGAGCUUUCGCCGGAGACAUUCAGAAGCAUUCUUCCUAACCGUGACGAUUCCGUCAAGGCUUUUAAUGCAUACAAAAUCUUGAAGGAGGCCGAUGUGUCAGUAUUGAACGAACCUUCGCUCGAAAACUGCAAAAGAUACAUUUCCACAAAAUCCACAGAGUUCGACAGCAAAGACGCUGCCAAGACCGCUUCUCAUGUAAAGAAGAUUUUGCUGGAAAUCAAUUCAUCUCACUUGGAGUAUCUUCGUGUGCAAUGCGAGAGCUCCAAAUUGCCUGAGGGCUCAGUUAGCAUGCCAUACUCUCCGGACUUUGCCAAAAAGCUAAAAACCCACCCCAAAUUGGACAAGGAGGCUAUUCUUGAAGACGAGUCGAACGCCAACAUCAAUUUGCCUUGGCAAAAGGGCCUCUUUGGCCGUCAAGACCCUUCGAAACCAUACUUCUCCCCAUGGACACCCAGACAGUUUCUUGGAGCUUUUGCUGUUUUGCCCCACCACCUCGAAAUCUCAUUUGAGACGUGCCAUGCGGUUUACUUAGCGGACCCUGUGGCUAGGCCGGGCCACUCUGAGGUGAUUUCACCUUUCGGUCUUGCUACACACGAGAGAGCUUUCUUGUACUAUGCCAGAAAGGGAAUGUAA